GACAAAGCAGGUGGCCCAGCAUCUAGACUUUUUGUCUAGAUCAGUGAGGAACGAGAGGCACAGAGGCUGAAAAAAUCUGGCCGCAAGCGAUCCCUCCCGGCCGGGCCGCAACGAUGGCUGCUCUCAGAUUUUUUAGUACGUUCUACCUGAUCGUCUUUGCCGUCGUCUGGAAGAUGGUCAAGGGAAACUCCGUGGAAACAUGCCAGUCAAUCAGUAACAGUACCAUCACUACAAUGCAAGAUAACAGGCACAAAUAUUUCGACCUGAACGAAGGUGCUGAUAUAACAUGCAGCAAUAAAACAUGGCGAGAGAUGAUCUACAGCAUCUGGAAAGUCAAAUUGACGGGGAGGCUCUGCUGUGUGGCUUUUCACAUUAACGGAAGUCGCCAUGACACAUGUGAGAAUGGGAUGGAGCUGAGGAACGGAACCAGCGGAGAAUCCUACCUGCACAUUCCUCAGUUCACUCUAGGAAACCAGGGAGUUUAUCUCUGUGAGACGGCUUACUGGGGAGGAACCUAUAAUGCAGAGAUUACGGUAUCUGCAAGAGUGCCUCCACAGAUUUUCAGCAGGCUGGAAGAGCUCCACAACGGGACAGUGGCUGUGUGCUCAGCUGUGGAGGGAAACCCAGCAGCCUCCAUCUCCUGGAGAACCCAGUGGAACUCCACUGCAAACCAGACCUCCACCCACAACCCAAACGGCACCUACACUGUGGAGAGCCGCUUGGUCCUGCCUGGCCGUGUCUCCAGAGAGAACCUGAGCUGCAUCGUCACACACCCAAGCUGGCCAGGGGGGUUCAAAGAGGUGCAAUUUUCAGACCCCAAAGCAGGGCAUGUAGCUCAAUGGAUUGGACUUUCUGUGGUCUCAGUGUGCAUCCUUGCUGCCUUUUGUUUGACAUGGAAACUUAUAAGCAAAAUCAGGAAGCGUCGUGAGACAAGCAGUCCAUCCCCGACACCCCCUAAAGUUGUGCAGCGCGUGCAGGAAGUGGAAGAACUGGAACCGUAUGCAAGUUAUGUGCAGCGUAUCAACUCUAUCUACAACUCCUCCGCCGAGCUCUGCAGACACUAGCUGCCGCUCUCGGCAGCCACCGAAAAACGCAAACCGCCCCCAGCGGAAAAGGAAACCCUUAGCUCUGUGGGGCAUCUUCAGCUCUGUGCUGCUUUCGCACUACAUGACGACCUGGAUACAGACGCCCGCAUCUGCAAGAAGGCGCCGCCUGCCACCUCCGCAGGCCCGGAGCUUCCCCGAAAAGUUCAAAGAUGGGUUGAUGGAGAGCCGACAUCUGAAAUGAACCUGAAAAACCAAAAGAAAAUGUAAUGGAACCGAGUCUGUACUCAUUCAGCCUGGAAAUAAUUUGAAGUCCGAAAGCUGCCCAAAUGAGUUUCUGAAGGGCUGACGAAUAUCUCACUGGCGUUUCCUCAUCCGUUAUUGUAUUUUUUUUUACUGUUGUGAAGCAGUACUGAGAAGUUAAAAGGAUGAAUUAGUCAUACCGAAUUUUGUCUUAAUGAUAAGUGGACUAAUUAAGAUGGAAAAGCGCUAUCUGUUUAAAUAUCUACGAGAGCAUCCUAGACAGCCCAUAUAGGCCUAUUGCCGUAACUUCCUACACUCUGUUACAUUGCAUUCAUAGCACAAAAGGUCAUUUAUAAGACCACUGAACUGAUGAACAGUAAACUGACAAGUGAGUUUCACCUGAAACUGCUAUGAAAAUAUAUUCCACACGGCUGUGGGAAGGGAAGGUGACAGAGGAUAUCUGAAAACAAAACACCAGACAAAUAGACAUUUUUGACAAAGAUUAAAAGUCCCAAGCUGCAAGCUUUAGUUCAGUCCCGCCUCAACUUCGAAUGUAACAUUUUCUCGCAUUAUAUUCGUUUAUAUCUCAGGCAGCUUUAACGACAUCAGAGCAGUGCCCUUUUUUAGAAGUGUGGCCCUGUGCUCAAUGAGCGGUAAACCAUGGUCGGGUUUGUGCUGUUAAUUUAUGUCAUUGUCAUGCAUGUUAGCAUAAGGAGGUUGAUUAAAAUACAAUGUAACCUAAA